ACGGUUUAAAGCAUGCCAACAUGCUGAGCAUUAUCCACAGGACCCAGUCCUCGUACCUCAGUGAGACUGGAAGCACUGACGAGUAUCACUGACAAUGUGGCAGAGCUUAGGGCGGAGAUUGAGAAGUGGCGGAGCAGGUACUUAGAUGUAGAGUUGAUAGCCGACAAGCUGCUGAAAGUCAACAGAGAUAAUCAGCAGAUACGAUUCGACCUCGGCAAAAUACAAAGCAAUAUCAAGAACGUUGAGGAUGAGAAGACGAUGCUGUUUCGGUCGGAGAAGAAGCUGAGAAGCGAAUGCGAGCAGCUCAGACUUCGGCUGCAUGAACUGGAGGAGCAGCUAACACAAAAACAGGCAUCGAGGCGGCAGGCUGAUGCGAGGCAGACGCAUGCACACAUCAUCUACGACGAUCGAGAGUUGAACGAGCCACCUCCCGCCUUCAAACCCCGCCCUCCAAGCAGGCAGCCGGCGCGUGCUCUGUCCUCAUCCAGUAGACUACUCGAGAUGGCGAGCAGAAGACCGGACAAGGGCAGCGGUCGCAGCGUGUCACUGUCGCGCGCUUACCUGACGAAAGACGUCGGCUCCCCCACGCCGCUGACGACGUCGACGCCAUGUCUGAACGCGCACCGGCUGGGCGCGUCGCUCGCUAGUCUGCCAUCCUUACUGACGAAGGUCGACAUCCGAAUCAACGGACAGGUGGUCGAGUUCGACCCCGCGAGCAUCGGCGAGGUCACGGGAGCAAGCGAGGUCGCAGGGUCAAGCGAGGUCACGGGAGCAAGCGAGGUCGUCACGGGGUCAAGCGAGAGCGUGGAGUCAAAAAAAGAGGUCGGGGUCACGGGGGCAAGCAAGGUCACGGGGUCAAGCGCGGUCGGGGUCACGGAGCCGGGCGGGGUCACUGUCGAGGAGGAUAGGCCGUUGAUGUUCAACAAGAACGACAUCGGUCUCUACGUGCCCUGCUACCAGCCUGACGACCCCUGCAUGCCGCGUCGCCAUGGCAACAAGCGCAGCAGCAUCCGCGACGACGACGACGUCGGCAGCGACGGCGACGACAGCAGGCACGUCGGCAGCGCGCACGACGACAGUAACCAUGACGACAGCAGCGUCGACAGCGGCUGCCAUGACGGCUCGCCGACUAGCAGCUUCCAGCGCAAGGUCAAGGGCGACGGCAAGGUCACGCGGGGUCAGCUAGAGGUCACCGCGCUGCACAUGUUUGACGUGAGGGAGUGUGGUGGAGGUAGUAAGAGUCCGGGGUCGCGGCAGGGGUCGAGUGAAGGUCGGCCGAGUAGCUCUGUGCUGGCAGAGGAGCUGGGCGUGAUCGAGAGCGCGUUUGAGGGCAUCGACCAAGACCAGCUGGCAUUCAUCUAGAGAAACAGAGAGAGAAAGAGAGAGAAUAAGAGAAAGAGAGAGAAACGGAAUGAGAGGGAGAGAAACCGAGAGGGAGAGAAACGAAUAUAUAUAUAGAUGAGUGUGUUGCGUGCGUGCGCGCGCGCGUGUGUGUAUAUGUACGCGCUCGCGUGUGCAUGCGUGCGUGCGUGUUCGUGUGCGUGAGUGAGUGUGAAGUGUGAAUGAGUGUGUGUGUACCUCUGUGUGUACGUGUGUGUGCGCGCGUGUGAGUGCGCGUGUGCGUGCGCGUAUAUGUGUGUAUGUGUAAGGGAGACAGAGAGACAGAAAGAGAGAAAGAGAGAGAGAGAGAGAUCUAGAGAGGAAGAAGAAGACGAAGAAGGAGAAAAAUGAUUGCUAGUGAUACCUACGAAGAUAUUAUAUAUAAUUUUUGCUAGCGUGCAAGUGUGGUGCCGGUUAGGCACUCCUAUGUAUUUCUUAGUAUUUAAUUAUGCACCAAUUAUAUAAUUAGUUUUUUCACUAUUUUGCGCUGCUUGCUGUGCAAGUUCCGCCUCCCUAUUGACUCUCAUGUGAUCAGAAGAUUUAUAAUUCUAUUGGAUGCUAUAGGUUGCAAACUUGAGCCGAAGUCGAUUUUCAUGUGAACAUUAACUGGUCAUUGGUAGUUAGAGUUGGACAUUGGACAUUCAUUGUCGAGUCAGGCGCAGGACAACACUGAUAUUGCUUUAACUCCUCGUGACGAAACCUUUGUUCUGUUUACUAGAUCCGUUGAUUUUUUCAUAGACGAAUAGAUUUUUGUAUUCGCGUGAAAGCUGAUACACUACGUAGCUCUGCGCUUAACCUCAAAAUAAAUUUCGGUGAAAUCGGCAAAUUUACCUAAAAUUUCCCUCGCGUAAAUCACUAAGGAGUUUUGUAGUCGUAAGUAGAGGCAGUGAAAUAUUUAUGUGUGUGCAAUAGAUGAACUGUGUCUGUGAAGUACUGCUAUACUAUACUUCAGGUGACAUACUUUGAUCCGUAAUGCCUUAGUCUAGUGAUUUAAUGUAUUUAUACCACGUUCAUGCAUUCCCAAUUCGUUGUUGCGUAGACUCGUGUCACUGUUCGUGUAUUGAAUAGUCUACAAUCACGAGGUAGAUAAGAGAUGCUACCUUUCCAUGAAAAACUAUGAAUAUAGCCGCCAAUGUAAUUAAGUAGAGUAUAGCAUCGUGCUUAAAUAUACAUUCUGAAUAAAGCACUGCUCAAAUUUCUCAACCA